AUGGCAUCCUCUCAGUCAGUGCUGGUAGCAGGCCUGCUGCCUGGUCUUCUUUCUUCGGCCGUCUCCCCCUCAAGAACAUCUACAUUAGCGGCUUCUUCUAUCCACCAACUCUUCGCCGCACCAUCAAAUUCCACUUUACAAACCCCCCAUGACCAUGAUGGAGGUAACGGGGGAAACAUGCAUGAAUGGUCAUCACUGAUCGGCAUUAUUACAGCUUUAUGCGGCAAUGUUCUGAUCUCAUUAGCCCUCAAUAUCCAACGCUAUGCACAUAUUCGGAUCGCAAGAGAAUGGGAACAGAACAAGAAUCGGAACGGGGAAUUUAGAACUAAUGGAACACGCUCCGAGUCGAGGGGAAGAUCCCGGGACCAAUACCGAAACUCUGAGCAGGAUGAUUUCGAACCCUAUCGUGACGAUGAUGGCGACUACACUGAGAGGGGGAACAGUGGUUCGAGCUCGCGGAACAAUAGCACCGGAAGCAAGGAUGGUGCAAACGGCAACCGCGAAUCCUACCUCAAGUCUCCAUAUUGGUGGGUUGGAAUCGUGCUUAUGGUUGUGGGGGAACUGGGCAAUUUUAUGGCCUACGGCUUUGCACCUGCGUCGAUUGUCUCGCCGCUGGGAGUUGUGGCUUUGAUAUCGAAUUGCAUUAUUGCGCCAUGCUUGCUCAAGGAGCAAUUUCGCAAGCGAGAUCUCUGGGGUGUGCUCGUCGCUAUUGCUGGUGCGGUCGUUGUGGUUCUUAGUGCUAAAUCGUCCGAAGAACAAAUUGGACCCCACGAAAUUUGGGUGAACAUCACGCGAUGGGAAUUUGAGCUUUAUCUCGUAUUGACUACAUCCUUGAUUGUCGGCCUCAUGUGGGCAAGUCGCCGGUAUGGCUCGCGAUCGAUCCUUAUCGAUGUUGGGCUCGUUGCAUUAUUUGGCGGGUACACGGCUCUUUCUACCAAGGGUGUCUCUUCGCUCCUGUCUGGCACAUUGUGGCAUGUUAUUACAUUCCCUAUCACCUAUCUGCUUGUCUUCGUCCUUGUCUUCAGCGCAUUGAUGCAAGUCCGUUACAUCAAUCGCGCUCUACAACGCUUCGAUUCCACCCAGGUGAUUCCAACGCAGUUUGUUCUCUUCACUCUCGCUGUCAUUACCGGAAGCGCGGUCCUUUACCGUGAUUUUGAAUCGAUAACAGCCGAGCGCGCGACCAAGUUUGUCGGCGGAUGUCUGUUGACUUUCCUCGGGGUUUACUUCAUCACGAGCGGCAGAGUCCGCGCUGACGAUGAGUCGGCAUUCUCAUCCGACGAGGAGGAAGGGUCCAUUGGUUUACUCGAUGGCGAAAGAUAUCAUGAUAGAAUUGAUCUGCCUCCGCCUGGCCAUCAAUUGCCGAAACCGUCAGAUGUUUCCACAGAAGCACCAUAUGACGUUCCACAGUCCCCAAGGUCUAUAUUGAGCCAAGGCACUGAUGGAGUUGAUGGCGAUGAUGAGUCUACCCCUAGAGGCAUUCUUUCCAUCGCGCCCUCUUCACCUCGCGGAUCUUUAACCGACGCGUCUCCUCUGUCUGCUCCAUUUGACUACACCUCACCAUUGCGGCCACCAUCUCGCAUGUCCAACCCAUGGGCAGACAUCCAUGAUGAGGCUGUCGCGACCCCGCAGUCUGAUAUCCGCCCCGUUACUCCUCCUGGACAGGAAACCGAGGAAGCGCAAGCGUCAACAGUUCUCUUGCAGUUCCCUCCUGCACCUGGUCUUGAAGAGGCAGCGGGGCCCAAUGGACAUGACGGUACCGUACGACGCGCUUCAUCCCCCACGCUUUUAAAUCAAGCCAGCCACCCUAUUCGCAAUGGGACUCCGCUUGAAACACCAUCGCGGCGCGCUUUGCGUAGCUCUUUAUCUCAUCGUUUCUCCCCUGGGCCUCUUCUUCCCGCACUUUCCGGUGGCUUCACUGCAGUGGUCGCUGAUUCUAUCCGGCGUGGCGAUGGUAGCCCUCUCAAGGAUCGGCCGAGGCGGAGAUUGGGACGUCGGCGUCAACUCGACGGCGCUUUUGCAGAUUCAUCCGCUUUCGCAGAUCCAACCCUCGUCGAAGGACAUAAUGACACGGCACUUUCACUUGCAACUGCUCGACUCCAGUCCGCCACUAACCCAGCGGACACACCCGCGGAGGCUGGUCGUUCGAAGUCAGCUUUCCCGACAGAAAUAAACAACUCACCCUCACAGCUCACUAACGAAGAUGCGACCCGUCUUCGCAGCUUGAGUGACUCGUGGAGUGGUGGGCUCGCGUGGCUGGGCGGUGCUCUCCGCAAAACCCAGAACACCAAAACUGCCGACGGUGUUGCUGCUACAGGAGCGACACCAGAUCAUGGGACACAGCCGGAGCGAAGCCCCAAUACCGGUUAUUUUGACGAUAUGGAAGCUCGGCGAUAA